CAUUUUUAUUGUAAUCUUGUGUUGACGUGGAACCCUGUUGGAGAAAGUUUUUUUUGAAUUUACCAUUAGUUUGGCAAUUAAUUAAUUACCAUAUUUAACGCGGGUGAUGAAUGAAAGUGCAUAAAAUCUCGUGUAAACCGUCCUCAGCAUAGCCAUGGCUCCCUCACAGAAAAGUACCAAACAAGCCACCAAAGGAUCCAAACAAAUUGUGGAGGACAAUAAGGCCACUUUAAGCUUCUACAGAAAUAUGGCUAUGAUUGCUAAUGGGUUUUCUUUAGCUAUUUUGGUCUUUUACAGCUCCACUAUAAAUAUUGUUUUGUAUUUGUUUUCCAUAGCAGUAUACAUUGGAGCAUAUCAAUUUAUGGCAUAUAUGGCCAGGUCUAAAUAUUCAGAGACUGGACAGCUUUUGGAUAGUGGAACUGAUUUAAAUAUGGAAGGUGGCAUAGCCGAAAAUGUAAAAGACGUAAUAAUCCUUACUGCAGCAUGUCAAGUAUUGGCAGCCAUAAUUUCAAACUAUUUUUGGCUGUUAUGGCUGUUGGCUCCUGUGAGAAUAGCUUGGAUUAUAUGGAAAAACAUUUUGUCCCCAUACUUUUUCCAAUCAGCUCCAGAGACUGAUCCACAAAUGGAUGACAAAAAAAUGAAAAAAAUGGAGAGAAAGCAAAAACGAAUGGCCAACUUCAGGUAGCUUUAAUAGGACAAACUUCGAAUGUGUGUUAGUGUAUGUGUGGUAAAUUAUAAAAGUUUUUUUUGUUCCCA